GUUAUUAUCGCGUACUGAGAACUCAAAUCCGAUCUUAUAAUUCGCGGAAUUCAUAUAUACGACAAUUCACUUGGAAUCCGGACCACUGACCGCUUACAUUACCGAUAAGCUCGACUGUGGGAUGUAUUAAUAAAGGCGUUGGCAAUGUUAUUUCCAGUCAGUUCGUGCUUUAUUAUAGAUGCAAGUAAUGGGAACUGGAGCAGUAAGGCUCCUACUUUUUCUGGCCCUCGGCUGUGUGAAAGUGCAGGGUCAGCCAUAUUUGCUGGACCCACAGUGCGUAUCAGCUAGAUCUGAGCCAGGACACUAUCGUGUGAUCAAUGGCAGAGCUGCAGACUUACUUUCCAAUCCCUGGAUGGUUAUUAUCAUCGAACGCGGAAUGAUGAAGUGCGGUGGAUCGCUGAUAACACCACGAUAUGUAUUGACAGCUGCGCAUUGCAGAAGCGAAACCAAUCGGCAAUUAACAGUGCGCUUGGGGGAGUAUGACGUGAAUCAGCCAUUCGAUUGCACGAAUUAUGGCUGCAUUCCCCGUCCCAAGGAAAUCAAUGUGACAAGAACAUUAGUACAUGGGCAUUUCAACGAUUUCCACAGCAAUGAUAUUGCUCUUCUCAGACUGGAAACGGUAGUUCAGUACGGAGAGCACAUAAGGCCAAUCUGCAUGAUUAUGGGAGAUUCGAAUUGGUCGAGGAAUGUACUGAAGAAUAUAUUGCAGUUCAACACCACAGGAUGGGGUCGCACGGAAGCCCGAACAAAUAGUCCUGUCCUUCAGCAAACAUCCUUGACGCACUAUAGUUUAAGCUAUUGCUCCCAAUAUUUUGGCAGGCAGAUGGAUCACACCCACAUAUGUGUGGGAAGCAGCACAAGUUCCACGUGUAGUGGAGAUUCUGGAGGUCCCCUAACGGCUAGGCUGCAAUUCGGGCGUGAGAAAAGGGUUAUCCUCUUCGGAGUGGUCAGUUACGGCCCAGGUCACUGUUUCGGACCCACUGUCUUCACAAAUGUACUCCCUUAUUCGAGUUGGAUCGAGUGGCAUACCAAAAAUAAUUGAUAGUACUUUAAAUAAAUCAAGGUUAAUGUACUAUCGAACCAUACAUUUUUAUAACCCACAUACUCAUAUUAAAAUAC